AUGAUACCAUCUCGACUUUUUCGUCAACAUCAAACUCAAAAGAAAAAAGGUUUAUCAUCUUCAUCAAAUGACGAUGAAGAAGAAACGGAUGAAGAAGCCAAUGAUAAUUCUUUCUAUCACAAUCCAUACCAUUCAAGUGGACAAAUGAAUUACAUCGAUCUACCUCAACAACAGUAUGUCAAUCAUUACACAUAUCCGACAUAUCUAGCUGAACAACAAACAUCUCAUCCAUUAAAUAUAUCCCUCGAUGAACAAAUUCACGAGAAAUUAUUAUCGUUAAAAAAACGCGGAGAUCAGUACUCAUAUUAUGCUCAUCGAGCAGAAAAUUCGCCUAAUCUUCGUCAAACAUUUACUCCAGACAUUGAUAAACAAACAAAUGAUAUGACAGAAGAUGAAGAAAAUGCCGAUAAUUUCCAUGAUGGAAUACCGGUGUAUUAUCCCGGUCAUUAUCCCAAUCAGGAUGAACACUUCGAUUUAGCUUCAGUUGUCUUUUGGUACCGAAAUGUGAUGCAAUCAGUAAAAAAAUUUAUGUGA